AUGCCUGAACCAGAUUGGAUGAAUGGGGAGAAGGGCUCUCCGGACCGGUUCUAUUUUCCGCGGUUGAUUGCUCGAAUUGGAGCUGGCGAUACCGAUGUCACCGAUGCCGACAUAGCUUCAUGGGACGGAAGAUUGGAUUGGUUUCCAAGUUUCGCACUCCAGCAACUCGAACCACAACAAAACCAUGAGAGAUUGCCGAUAUUCGACCCAGUAAUAGCCGUACAUUCCGAUUUCCAGUACCUGAGUCUGUUUAGUUCGAUUAGCCAGUGGCAGCAGCCGAACCUCGUCUCAGAGUUGUAUCGUAUUGCAGCCAUUUUAUAUAGAAGGGGCUCCGGCGUUCGACACUGUGCAGAUGUUUCCUGUGGGAUAUCGUCCUCUCCGGAUGGAGGCUAUCAAGAAAUUGGAAAUCUUCCCUCAUGGGCGGCACAACUCAUUGAUGCUAUUCCUAUUGGCUCACCCUUCGAGAACGCUCUCUUGUGGCCGAUAGGCAUAGUUGCCAAGGAUAUUAAUGAGACUCUCGUCGAGGAGAGGAAGGCCCUUGUAGCUAAAUUGACCUACCUGGAACAUCGUUUCAAACAGAAAAACUUUUAUCUGGGGUUGGUCCCCUCGACUCUGAGGUUGAAGGAGAAGUAA